UAUCAAAUACAUAUAUUUACAUUCAGUUAAAAGUCAUAACAAAUAAAUAAAUUUUGUCGUGUAUUUUGAUAAAUAAAAUAAUUAAAAAAUGUUGAAUGUACAAUUUGAAAGUGGAAAUUGUUCCCUAACAAUAAUGAAAUGUCAAGAAGACAUUUCAAUUAACGAAAUAUGGAAUAAUAUUGAAAGUAAAGGUUUAUUGCGCAAAGAUUUUUAUAUUUUAAAUAAUGGACGAGUUGUUUAUGAUGAGGAUGUAAUUAUCUCAGGCAAUGUUAAAAUAAUUCCACGCCUUGUUGGUGGUAAGGGUGGAUUCGGUUCAAUGUUAAGAGCAAUUGGUGCUCAAAUUGAAAAAACAACAAACCGGGAAGCAUGCAGAGAUUUAAGCGGCCGCAGACUACGAGAUAUCAAUGAAGAAAAACGUUUAAAGACAUGGAUUGAGAAGCAAGCCUUGAGAGAAGAAGAAGCUGCUGAACGUAAAAAGAAAAAAUUAGAACGACUUUGUGCAGAACCUAAACAUGAAUUUAAAGAUCAACAUUAUGAGCACGAGAGAUCAGUACUCACUGAGAAAAUAGAUGAUGCUAUUGAACAAGGUUUCAAAGUUGCUGUUACUGAUAGUUUAGAAUUACGGGAGAAAGAAGUUAAAGUUGCUAAAGGCGUUAAGAGGAAAACUAUUCUUGAUGAUGAUGAUAUUGAUUCUGAUGAAUUAGAUAGUUCUGAUGACGAGGCUCAGGCCAGUCCGAAGAAGAAGUUUGCUAGUGAGAGUAAUGACUCUUCAGCGGAUGAUAAGCAGACUAGUUCUUCAGACAAUGAUGAUUUUGAAAAAUCUAAACAGAAUUCAGAUGGAUCUAAUGAAUCGAAUAUUAUUGAUAAUAGUAAUGAUAAAGAAGCACCAGAAGAGAGCAGCGAUUCGAAAGCUGAUAUCACAAAGCACCCUAGUUGGAUGCUUUUAGAGCAUAAUAAAUGUGGAAUAUCAAAUACCGAUCGAAUAAUUGGCGGUAAAAAUGCUUCAAUGGGAAUGUAUCCUUGGAUUGCAAGAAUUGGAUACAGUAGUGAUGUAACUGGGUCCGAUAUAUCAUAUCGGUGUGGUGGUACUUUAAUUAACAAACUUUAUGUAGUAACUGCAGCACAUUGUGUCUCUAAUUUACCUGGCAGUUUUAAAGUAACGGGAAUAAGAUUAGGUGAACAUAAUUCUGAGACUAAUCCUGAUUGUGAAAAUGGUUACUGUGCGGAGCCUGUUCAAGACUUUAAACCUAUACAAAUGCUAGUUCACAAGCGAUACAAUACACCGCAUUUUAAAAAUGAUAUUGCUUUAAUCAGAUUAGAUCGACCUGUAGUUUAUAAUGGAUUUGUAAUGCCUAUAUGUAUGCCCGCUGGAGAUUUAUUAAAAAAAAAUCUGACAGGAGGAAUAGCUGAAACUGCAGGAUGGGGUAUUUUUGAUAUAGAUCAUCCAAAAUCGAGUAUAGUUCUCCAAACAAUAAAAUUGCCUAUUCUGGAAACUUAUAUGUGUGUGAAGUCAUUUAAAAAUCAAGCACAGAUCGAUGACAUGCAGCUGUGCGUCGGUGGUACAAUUGGUAAAGAUUCCUGUACUGGUGACAGCGGUGGUCCAUUGAUGAAAGUUGAAGCUUUAAAUGAUAUUCCUAAAUAUUAUUUAAUUGGUAUUGUAUCGUUCGGAGCUAAACAUUGUGGUCAAACAGCAAUGCCUGCUGUUUACACUAGAAUUACUCGCUAUUUAUUUUGGAUUUUAGAAAAUAUAUCACCAUAA